ACCAUGGAACAAGAAGGGUCCAUGGUCUACGUACCCUAAAACAGUUGGUUCGUGUAAUGGGUUGUUGAUCAUGCGCGUGCAUGAUGACUUGUUCUGGUGGAAUCCCGUGACUGAGUAUUUUAAGAAGGUCCUGGCGUACGCACCUUUGGGUGAUAAUGGUUUUCGUAUUGCUUCUGGGCUUUGUUACGACUCCUCUGCCAAGGAGUAGAAGGCUGUAAUGGUGUUUUCUCACGAGAAUCAGGAUUCUAAAGGUGGUCGAUUUGCAGUUGUUGGUAGUUUCAAAAGCAGUAGUUCGAGAAGGGUUUGCUGCCCCGAUGGAGUUUUUCAUGCGAUGAAGUCAGGACCUGUGGUAAAUAAACACCUACAUUGGUAUUCUGGCUGUAGUUCUGAAUAUUUGUUCCGGAUUUCUCUUCAUACUUUUUUGUCGAACACAAUUAUGUAUUUCAAUAUACAGAUGAAUGAAUUCCAUGAGGUGCCGAUGCCAGAACCUCCUAUGGAUGUGAUGUUGGGAGUGAGGUCCAAAGAUCAGACCUUGGGUUUGGGAGUUUUGGAUGGAUGCCUUUGUAUGCUUCAUAGAUACUCAAUCAACCAUAAUGUUGAAGUAUUCGCAAUGAAGGAAAAUGGCAUAAGAGAAUCUUGGACUACAAUGUUUAUCAUACCCAAUUUGACAUUAGGAGGAAUAGCAAGAAAUUUGGAGCUAUUUGGUUACACAAAGCGUGGGGAAGUUCUAAUGAAAGUUCUCGUAGGUGAUAUGCGAUGUGAGAUGACAACAUACAAUCCUAUAGACCGUUCACGUCGAAAUUUUUUAACUCAAGAUGAUUGCAAGUAUGUCAAUGCAGUUAUGUACGAAGAAAUCACGGUUACACCAACUGACUACGGUUGGAAAGACAAAGACUCGAGAGAAGCAACAUAUGUGGAAUAUUUCAUUCAUAGGUCUCCCCAAAAGAUGAGAAAGAGAUGGGAUGGUAUUUGGCAAGUUUGCACUAUGAAAAGUGCGCUUUGAAUUCUCCUCCCCCAUCAAGAAGUGCUAGAGAUGGAAGUGAGUGAACUUAUUAUUAUUAUUAUUAUUUUUCUAUUUUCGCUGAAAUUAAAUAAGAACUUGUGUUUUCCACGUGUUAGUGUAAUAUUUGGGGUGUGAUCUA